CCAGCGCUGCCAGAGCUCCAGCCGCGUAUUCGCAGCGGCCGGGAAGAGCAGAGAAAAUACCCUGUGAAAGAAGAGAUUGGAAGAGGGGAUUGAAAUGUUUGAAAAAGUGUUAUUUCGUGUUGGGCACAGUGCUUGCUAGGUGCUGGGUACUCACUGUGAACGAGGCAGAUGGGGGUCACCAAACUUGAGGACCAGAGCCUUGUGUCGGAGAUGUGGACCCGGCUUUAACUCCGUCAUGGCUUCCAGCUUCUUGGACCUGAGGCUCCAGAGAAGGAAAUGACUGUUCCGGGCUCUUGCUCCAGCUCAGUUACGGAAACUGGACCUUCAUAGGGUGUGGACUUACAGAGAGAACAGGAAAGUUUCUCUUUGAAGGGCUUUAAAUUUGUAACAUAGAAAAUAAAAAUGACGACUUCAUCUAUCAGACGGCAGAUGAAAAACAUUGUGAACAAUUACUCAGAGGCUGAAAUCAAAGUCCGGGAAGCCACCUCCAAUGACCCAUGGGGACCAUCCAGCUCUCUGAUGACCGAGAUUGCUGACCUGACUUAUAACGUGGUUGCCUUCUCAGAGAUCAUGAGUAUGGUGUGGAAACGGCUCAAUGACCAUGGCAAGAACUGGAGGCACGUGUAUAAGGCGCUGACCCUGCUGGACUACCUCAUUAAGACAGGCUCUGAGCGUGUGGCCCAGCAGUGCCGUGAGAACAUCUUUGCCAUCCAGACCUUGAAGGACUUCCAGUAUAUUGACCGGGACGGCAAGGACCAGGGCAUCAAUGUGCGUGAAAAGUCUAAGCAGCUGGUGGCCCUUCUCAAGGAUGAUGAGCGACUGAAGGCUGAGAGGGCCCAGGCUCUCAAAACCAAAGAGCGCAUGGCCCAGGUGGCCACUGGCAUGGGCAGCAACCAGAUCACCUUUGGCCGCGGCUCCAGCCAGCCCAAUCUCUCCACCAGCUACUCAGAGCAGGAGUAUGGCAAGGCUGGGGGGUCACCGGCCUCCUAUCAUGGCUCGCCUGAGGCCUCGCUGUGCCCCCAGCACCGCACAGGGGCCCCGCUGGGUCAGAGUGAGGAGCUGCAGCCACUGAGCCAGCGCCACCCUUUCCUGCCGCACCUGGGGCUGGCCUCCCGCCCAAAUGGCGACUGGUCCCAGCCCUGCCUCACUUGUGACCGCGCAGCCCGAGCCACUUCCCCCCGGGUGUCUUCUGAGCUGGAGCAGGCUCGACCACAGACAAGUGGAGAAGAAGAGCUGCAGCUGCAGCUGGCACUUGCCAUGAGCAGAGAAGUGGCUGAGCAGGAAGAACGCCUCAGACGGGGUGAUGACCUCAGAUUACAGAUGGCCCUAGAAGAAAGCCGAAGAGACACAGUCAAAGUUCCAAAAAAAAAAGAGCACGGCUCCCACCCACCGCAGACCACACUGUUGGAUUUAAUGGAUGCUCUCCCCAGUUCAGGCCCUGUUGCCCAGAAAGCGGAGCCCUGGGGCCCAGCAGCCUCUGCUAACCAGACCAACCCCUGGGGUGGUUCGGCGGCUCCCUCGAGCACUUCGGACCCCUGGCCAUCAUUUGGUGCCAAGCCAGCUGCCUCUGUGGACCCGUGGGGAGUGCCCACCACAGCCAGCACACAAACAGUCCCCAAGACCUCAGAUCCCUGGGCAGCUCCGCAGCAGCCUGCCCCCAAUGCUGGGAAAACAACAACAACGGAUGCCUGGGGUGUAGCUUCAGCUACCAAGCCCAUACCUGCUUCGGGAUCCUUUGAGCUGUUCAGUAAUUUCAAUGGUACAAUUAAAGACGACUUUUCUGAAUUUGACAACCUCCGAACUUCAAAAAAAUCAGCUGAGUCUGUGGCCUCUCUGCCAUCCCAGAACAAUGGAACUGCAAGCCCUGACCCCUUUGAGUCUCAGCCCCUGACUGUUGCCUCAAGCAAGCCCAGCAGUGCCCGGAAAACACCCGAGUCUUUCCUGGGCCCCAACGCGGCCUUGGUGAACCUGGACUCACUGGUGACCAGGCCCGCCCCAGCGGCUCAGUCCCUCAACCCCUUCCUGGCCCCAGGUGCAGCUGCUGCCUCGGCCCCAGUCAACCCCUUCCAGGUGAACCAGCCCCAGCCACUCACGUUGAACCAGCUGCGGGGGAGCCCAGUCCUGGGGAGCAGCGCAUCCUUUGGGCCUGGCUCAGGAGUAGAGCCCGUGGCUGUGGCCCCCAUGACCUCAGCAGCCCCACAUCCAGCUCUGGGGGCUGGUGGCUCCUCUUUGACAUCACUGGGCCCUGCAGCGAUGAACAUGGUGGGCAGCGUGGGCAUUCCCCCAUCAGCAGCUCAGGCCACCGGCACAACCAACCCUUUCCUUCUCUAGUGCCCCAGGCUCCGACCUCCCUGAGUGAAAGCCUGGAGUACCAAUGCCAGAGGACUUGUAGCAGGGACUCUCGUUUGUGGGGUGGCGGCUGAGAGUGUGGAGUGUUAGGGCUUUUCAGUUCCAGCUUCCUGGUGAAGGGUUGUCCUAUGGCCUCGACCCUUAGACUGAGCAGCACAUAGCUGUCCACGCUGUGUGGGGUCGGCCUGCCCUUGCCGCCGCCUCCCAAGUGCUCAGCUCCCAAGCUCCUCUGAGGCCUUGGACAAGGAAGCAAAGUCAUCAGUGUUGCUCUGGCCCCAGCCUCAGCCCAAGGGUCUCUGGCUUACUGCCUAGCCCCAAACUUGGGACAGUCGCCUCGUCUUUACUCCCACCCCGCAGCCCUAGGGGCACUGCAGGCUGUCCCCAAGGUGGAUGGGAUGAAGCACCCUUCCCAUUCAACACUGACCUGUGGGAGAGUGGUUGUGCAUAUUUUUCUUUUUCUUUGACUCGUGUGUGAGUUCAAAGUAAACACCACCGUGGACAACUCUUGAAUUAAAUCCACUAGAGCAAGCUUUAAAACUAACCUGAGCAUAACCCUGCCACGUGGCUCUAUGCUUGUACACGUUUGCACAUAUUUUGUUUAGUACAGUUUCAUAUUUGAGUUUGCAGAAUUAUCUAAUAGUCUUUUUUUGGCUAAUAUUUUUAUAACGUGGUUCUUAUUUAACUGUCUAGUUUUGAUAGAAUUUACCAGGUCAGGCUGACUUAAGAUCUUGGCACGUGUCAUUUUAGUGGUUUAAAUCCUCUUAUUUAUGGUUUUAACUGUAAGAAAAUUUAAAAAGGAAGAGAUGUUUGGAUGACAAAAAUAUGCCUUAUGGAAAAACUAAAGCAAAUUCUUUAUAGGGGAAAGUAUGAAAAUUUGAUUACACAAAAAAGAUGAUGUUUAUUUAAAAAAACAAAAAAACAAAAAAACCUCCAACAGCAACAAAAACUCACAGCCUCCAGUUGCCUUUUCCUUUCUCUAUUUUGGUGAUUUACAAAAACCAGUUGACUCUCAGCCUUUUUGGCUAGUUCAUGAGAGGCUUUUAUUUCUUAACAAUAUGCCAUCUUGAAAAUUGAAAAAAACUAACUUAUGAAUGUGACUCACCAGUUUUUACCAACUAAUUCCUUUUUUAAUUAAUGUCAUGCAGGGAUUUAGGGACUUCUGUUUACAGUGGGAAUUUGAAGUGGUGGAAUUUCCCUUAGCCUUUUGUCCAUGCUCUUCUCUGACUCGAUCCAUGCUCAGGUUUACGACAGGAUCGGGUCCCAGAGGUCCCUGGAGGAUGGUCCCCAGGCUGAGAUAGAGGCAGGGAACCAGGGCUGGCCCUGAUCCAUCUACCUGCCAACUCCAGGUACAGGUUGCAGUUUGAGAAGUAAUCAUCUCUUAUUUUUGAGAUGAAAAAAAAAAUCAUUUUCACAUAGGAUCGAGUUUUAACAUGCACUAAUAUCUCCCACUCCCAACCUCCUGCUGUCCUUACCCCAUCCACCACUGUAAAGAAAAGUAUUAAGUCCCAGAUUAUAAAUUAGAAAAGACUUGCUUUUCCCCAGGGAAGGGACAUCCCCCGAAUCCUGUGUCCUGGCAACUUGCCUGGCAGAUAUUUCUGAAAUCGAGUCCCAGCUUGGACUUCUCACCCCCAGCUCUAGAGGCAGCCGACCACCUGCCAGCCCCUCUCUGUUCCAGGAAGAGAUCCCACCCUCAGCACCAGCAUGGGAGGGAUCCAUAAUGGUCUCUGGGCUGCCAGGAGGCCACUCGAGCUCUGAGUGAGGACUGCCUGCUUGGGCCACUCCUCCCAGAACUGGAGGCCUGAGGCCAGCCUUGGUGCAUUUGCCGCCCAGGAAGGCAGGUGGCUGGGUUUCUCCUGCUUGGGGAGGGUGGGGGGCACCAUGGGAUGCCGAGGCAGGGCGCCUGCCCAGGAUGGUGCUCUCCCUCAAAAGGUGCAGGGCCUGGGCCAGCGUACAGGGUGGUAUACCAGACUGCUUGGGGUCAGUGAUUCUUUUGUAAUAGACAAGAGUCCUUCCUUAUGUGACUGAGGCCCCAACCUAACAAGCCUCUGGGCCACCCAAGAGCAGCCCUCCCUCCGCCCCGCUCCUGUUACAGGUCAUCCCGAGUGCACGUUGUCCCUGUUGCCCACUGCACUGAUCAUGAAGCCACCAGUUGCUGCCACGUGUGUUGCACACAUGCUACUGUGCCCCCUCCUGAUGAGCACCAUGGUGGAGGAAGUCACCCAGCCAUUUCCCUGUGGGCCGGUGGCUGGUUUUGAACUUGUGUUGACUGUUGAUACUUAUUUACUGUAUAAAUAUAAUUUAUCAUUUGUAUCAUGA